AUGGAAUCCAGCAGGGAAUUCGAUAUCGUGGUCCUCGGCCCUACUGGGUACACUGGAAAGUACUGCGCAGAGCAUAUCGUCACUCAUCUCCCCACGAACCUGAAAUGGGCUCUGGCAGGGCGCUCAUACAAGAAGAUCCAGGGCGUGGCUCAGGAGCUAAAGGAGCUCAAUGCUGAUCGCUCAGAACCAGACAUUAUCACCAUCCAGCUUAAUAAGGAGGAGUUGCGCUCUCUUGCGGAGAGAACAAAGCUCAUCAUCAACUGCGUUGGUCCCUACCACAUCUACUCGACCCCUGUGGUCGAGGCUUGUGCGAAUGCCGGCACCCACUAUGUCGAUGCGACUGGAGAAACGCCAUGGGUCAAACAGACAGUCGACGAGUAUCACGAAACAGCCAAGUCCAACGGUGCUAUUAUCAUUCACUGCGUCGGUAUUGAAAGCACACCCGCCGACAUGUUGGCUUACGCCCUCGUGAAAGAGGUCCGAGAGAAAUUAUCCUGCCCUACUAGGGAGAUCACCGGCUCAAUCUAUGAGUUCAAAUCUUCCGGCGCGAGCGGCGGCACCCUCUCCUCCAUUCUAACCUGCAUCGAGGACUUCUCCGGCAAGCAUCUCCUCGAAUCAACAAGGCCGUUCUCGCUUGCAGUCUCCCCAGCACCAAAGGACAUCCCAUCCGAAUCGAUCAUGGCUAAGGUCUUGGGAGUCCGAGCCGUUCGCGACCUAGGCACUCUCGCCAAGUCCCCAACAGACUUCUGCGACAUGACCAUCGUCCACCGCAGCAGCACCCUGAUGCCAGAACUGUACGGACCCAGAUUCUACUUCCGCCAAUUCCUCAACGUCCGCAACUCAUUUAUUGGCAUCCUAUGGAACUACGCGUUUAUACUCGGAACGGCCCUCUUGCUCCUGGCUCCGGUCCGAUGGCUGGUGAAGAAGAUCAUCUACGCACCUGGAAGCGGACCAACUACGGAAAGCGGCCGUGAUGACCGUUGCGAGUACCGUGCUAUUGCCACGCCAGACCGGGAUACGCCGAAGCGUGUAUUUGGGAAGUUGGUAUAUGAGGGUUCGUCGAUGUAUCACUUCACGGGCGUGCUGAUGGCCGAGGCGGCCAUGGUGAUCUUGGAAAACGAGCAAAAGGUCAAGAAGGUCUCGAGAGGGGGGAUCGUUACUCCGGCGACACUGGGUCAGGAGUACCUUGACCGACUGGAGAAGAUCGGUUGUCGUGUUCAGACGCAGCUUCUGGAAAAUUGA